AUGGUCGGCAGCGUAACACUCGCACUCAACGUCCUCAUCACGACGACUGCAGCGAGGAGUCUACCCCCAAGAGACGCUCCAUCUGCCCAUAACGCAACAUCACCUGCAUCCUCCACGCUUGUCUGGUCAGACUGUAGCGCGAUCUAUGGUGCUGGCUUCACAUGCGCCAAUUACACUGUACCUACGGACUGGGCGGUACCUAAUGGUGACCAGAUCAUGAUUGGUAUGAACCGCUUCCAGUCGAACACAACUGGUUUCGCCAAGAAAGAAAGCCUGUAUCUGAACCCCGGAGGACCUGGUGGCAUCGCGACUAGCGAUCUUACAGUCGCUGCAGCGUCAUUUAGCCACGAGGUCACUAGCAAGUAUGAUUUGAUCGCCGUCGAUCCUCGUGGCCUCGGCCUCUCGACACCCAUCCAAUGUGAUACCGAUCUGUGGAAUGAGCGUCUUUCCUACUUCCCCAAAACCGAGGCAGAGUUCGAUCGCAUGGUGCAGCACAACAUAGCUCUUGGUAAAAGUUGUUUGGAGCUGACCGGCAACCUCCUCUUCCACGUGGACACCCUCAGCAUCGCUCGGGACUUCGAAGCUGUCCGCAUUGCUAAUGGUGACGACAAAUUCAACUUCGUCGGCUUCUCAUAUGGCUCUCAGAUCGCCUAUCAGUAUGCUCAGCUUUUCCCAGGCAGCUUUGGGAAGCUCGUUGGAGACGGCAUCACAAACCAUGCAGAGUCAGAGACAGGCUCUUUAGUGACUGGUGUUCAGACCUACGAGGAUUCCUUUGUCAGAUUUGCUACUUGGGCUGGCACGAGCAAUGAGUCUGCUCUGUUUGGACAGGAUGUCUUGUCUUUGUGGGAUCAGCUCCUGGUCAAGUUGACUGAGACACCAUUGUCCGUCGGCUCUGGCCCGGGUCAUCUUGACAACAUCACCAACGAGGAGUUCCUGUUCAACUUCCCGGAAGCUCUCAUCUCGAAGGAAGCUGGUACUGGACCAGGCUGGGCGGCAGUCAGCGAAGCCUUGGCGCUAGCGUUUGCUGGAAACGGUAGCGGACUUGCGAGCUUUGCUCCAGCCGUAGUCGAUGGCGAGAUCGCGGCCAAUUCUGGCCCCUUCAGCUACCUCGCCGUGGGAUGUCUAGAUUGGACGUACCAUAGCACGACACUGGCAGAUAUCCUAUACAAGCAAAAGCUCAUGACGACAUGGGCUCCACAUACUCAAGGUGCGACACAGAAUUACGGCUAUCAAACGCAGUGUAUUGGUUGGCCUGCUCCCGUCAUCAAUCCACCUGAGCAGAUCGAGCUUCACACGGAUAUUCCGAUCCUGCUUGUCCAAUCGACUCACGAUCCAGAGUGUAGCUAUACCUGGGCUGUUGAGCUGCAGGCCCAGUUACCAAGCUCAGUCUUGCUGCUCAGGGAGGGAGAUGGUCACACUUCUUACCUUCUUGGUGGCGAGACAGCGGCUGCUGUCAACGCAUAUCUGAUCAACGGAACUUUGCCAGCGCAUAAUACUGUCUUGCAGAGCUAG